UAUUGUUUAGGUUAGUUCCUUCCUGGAGAAAGCUAAUAUUUACCAAAGCACGGGUUAGCCAGAGCUGCUGGUUAGUGGGUGUGAGCUGUGUGAGCGUGCGUGUAUGUGUGUGUGGGGUUGCCUGCCAGCAGUCAUCACAACAAUCGAGAUUGUGAAUUGUACCACUUCAGAGUUGACGUUUAAAAAAUGGCAUCAAUAGCUGCAGCGGCUCAUGAGCCGGGCAUAAACCCGAGCUCGGUAGCGCUGGCUGACGCUUUAGUCCCCGCGAGCAUUUUCGCUCCCGACCGGGGAGGAUGCGGGGACGACGCCGGCGACGAGUGCUUCGAGGACGGGGACUUCAUGAACGGCGAGCCCGAGGCCCGCGGGAUUGACUUUACCAGCAAGCUGGCCCUUGUGAGCCCGAAUGGCGAGCAGUAUGACUCGUUACUUCGACAACUUCGGGACAGGAUGGAGGAGGGAUGUGGAGAGACCAUCUACGUGGUCGGGAUGGGUUCAGAUGGUGGUGACUGGGGUCUGGAUGAGAAAGAUAUGGAGGCCUCGGUGGCCACUGUGCGCUCUAUGUGUGAGCAGCUGGACGCCGACCUCAUCCCUCUGAGAGAGCGCAGCGAGGCUGCCGGCUUGGUACGAGACUUUCUCAUCCGGAGGCGAGUGGGCGAGCUCGACUUUCUAGAAGUCAGGGUGGCCGUGGUGGGGAACGUGGACGCCGGUAAGAGCACUCUUCUGGGAGUGUUGACGCACGGUGAGCUGGACAACGGCAGGGGCUUCGCUCGCCAGAAGCUUUUCAGACACAAGCAUGAGAUGGAGAGCGGCAGGACGAGCAGCGUGGGCAACGACAUCCUGGGCUUUGACCAGGAGGGUCAGGUGGUGAACAAACCCGACAGUCAUGGAGGAAGCCUGGACUGGACCAAAAUCUGUGAGAAAUCCUCCAAGGUGAUCACCUUCAUCGACCUGGCCGGCCACGAGAAAUACCUGAAGACCACCGUGUUCGGGAUGACCGGACACCUUCCAGACUUCUGCAUGCUCAUGGUGGGCAGUAACGCAGGCAUCGUAGGGAUGACCAAAGAGCACCUGGGCUUGGCUUUAGCUCUCAAUGUUCCUGUGUUUGUAGUGGUGACUAAGAUAGACAUGUGUCCAGCUAACAUCUUACAAGAAACCUUGAAGCUGCUUCAGAGACUACUGAAGUCUCCAGGCUGUAGGAAGAUUCCCGUACUGGUCCAGAACAAAGACGACGUCAUCGUCACAGCCUCCAACUUCAGCUCAGAGAGGAUGUGCCCCAUCUUUCAGAUCUCCAACGUGACUGGAGAGAACAUGGACCUGCUCAAGAUGUUCCUCAACCUGCUGUCCUCCAGGACGUCCUACCGAGACGAUCAGCCCGCCGAGUUCCAGAUAGACGACACCUACUCUGUCCCGGGAGUAGGGACUGUGGUGUCGGGGACCACGUUACGAGGACUCAUCCGUCUGAACGACACCAUGCUCCUGGGCCCGGAUCCUCUCGGGAGCUUCAUCCAGAUCGCCGUCAAAUCAAUUCACCGCAAGAGGAUGCCUGUGAAGGAAGUCAGAGGCGGCCAGACCGCGUCGUUCGCGCUCAAAAAGAUCAAGCGUUCAUCUAUACGGAAAGGCAUGGUGAUGGUGUCUCCCAGGCUAAGCCCACAGGCAACGUGGGAGUUUGAGGCAGAGAUCCUGGUGCUGCACCAUCCCACCACAAUAUCUCCAAGAUACCAGGCCAUGGUCCACUGUGGCAGCAUCAGGCAGACGGCCACCAUCUUGUCCAUGAACAGAGACUGUCUACGAACAGGCGACAAGGCCUCGGUCCACUUCCGCUUCAUCAAGACCCCCGAGUACCUGCACUGCGACCAGAGGCUGGUGUUCAGGGAGGGGCGCACCAAAGCAGUGGGGACCAUCACCAAGCUGCUGCAGUCCACCAACAACAUGCCGUCAAACUCCAAGCCUGCGCAAAUCAAGAUGCAGUCCACAAAAAAGGCCCCGCUCCGAAAAGAGGACGGCACCACGGCAGCCGGUGACGACGCAGCCACGAUAGCAACAAUAGCACAGUCAGCGGGCGCCAACACGACACAACCGGGAGAGGGAGAUGAGGACCCUCAAAUAAAGGAGGGCAGCAAAGAGAACAAGCCAAAGUCUGGAGGCGGUGGACGGAGAAGAGGCGGCCAGAGGCACAAAGGAAAAGGCCAGAACAGCAACAGCAACUCCACAGCGGCGCCCCCGUCUUCAGGGACAGGAGGCUGCUGAAUCGCUCUCUCUUUCAUACA